AUGGCCAAGUCUAAGAAAGAAUCCAUUACCACAGAAGUCGAAGCAGCAGCACUUGACUCAAAGACGAAGCCAUCGAAGAAAAGUAAGAGAGAUGUUGAUGUGGACAUCCCAAAGGAUCCCAAGAAGCAGAAGAAAGAGUUGAUUCAAGCUGAUGAGAAAAAGGCACCACCACCAAAGAAGAAGAAGAAGAAGAAGAAGAAGGCUAAAGUUUCACCAACUAAAACUUCUAAACAAGAAAGCAGCAGAGAGCCCAAGACGCUAUUUGCUGGACAUCUUCCCUUUCACGUUGAGAAAUCUGACUUAGAGAAGUUCUUCAAAGAAGUUGGUGAAAUCGUUGAUGUUAGAGUUGGUAAGGGAAUCGCACAUGUAGAGUUUGCUUCUGAAGAAGCAGCUCAGAAGGCAUUGAAACUGAAUGGUGAACCAUUACUAGGCCGCAAUAUUCUGCUGGAUUUUGCAUACACGAAACCUGCUCCACGUCCACGAAACGUAGUCAAAACGAUUUUUGUUACAGGAUUCAAUAAGUCUGUGACUGAAGAUGAAAUGAAAAUUGCCUUGAGAGCUCAUUUUAGUGCUUGUGGAGAGAUCAAAAGGAUUUCUCUUCCUUAUUACCAAGAGACUGGUGAUAGCAAGGGGGUGGCUUACCUAGAUUUGAAUGAGGAUGGAUUCAACAAGGCAUUGGAACUAAACGGAAGUGGACUAGGAGGACGGAACAUAGUGGUGAUUGAAGCUAGACCAAAACAAAAGAAUGCUGACCAAAAUAGUGGACGUGGCGAUGAUGACACCUCUAAGAGAGGACCUGGAAGAGGCAAUGGUGAACGUUGA